CUCCAUUGCCGAUGAGAAACUCCACCAACUUUUCAGGGAGAUAUAUAAUAGCUCCAAGGCUAGUAUUUUGUUUUUCACCUGGAAUCGGAGCGCGGUUUGAUUUGAGAUCAUGGCGAGAAUUCUUCAUCGGGGCGAUUUAUCCAAGGCUGGCAUACUCAUCAAGCAUGUCGCAACUGAUGCAAGAUUUCAAAAGUGUGUACCUUUUGCAACUUCAAUAGCUGCAAGGAUGAUGAGUUCAGAAGCAUCUCUUCUGUCUGGGACAACCGAAGAAAAAGAGUUCAAGGGGCAUGAUAUGUUAGCUCCAUUCACUGCUGGAUGGCAAAGCACUGACUUGCAUCCCCUAGUGAUUGAGAAGUCAGAGGGAUCUUUUGUUUAUGAUAUCAAUGGGAAGAAAUAUCUUGAUGCUCUUGCUGGAUUAUGGAGUACAUCUUUAGGUGGAAAUGAGCCUCGUCUUAUAGCUGCUGCAACCACACAAUUGAAUGAGUUGCCAUUCUAUCAUUCCUUUUGGAAUCGUACCACAAAACCAUCCUUGGAUCUUGCGAAGGAGAUUCUUGACAUCUUCACAUCAAGAAAAAUGGGGAAGGUCUUCUUCACCAAUAGUGGUUCUGAAGCCAAUGAUUCCCAGGUAAAGCUGGUUUGGUACUAUAACAAUGCAUUGGGCAGGCCAAACAAGAAGAAAAUUAUAGCACGCUAUAAAUCGUAUCACGGAUCAACAUUGGUAGCUGCUAGUCUUUCUGGACUUCCAGCUUUGCACCAGAAGUUUGAUCUCCCAGCACCGUUUGUUUUGCACACUGAUUGCCCUCACUACUGGCGCUUCCAUCUUCCUGGUGAAACAGAGGAGGAAUUUUCAACUCGAUUAGCUAAUAACUUGGAGAAUCUUAUUCUAAAAGAAGGACCAGACACAAUAGCUGCAUUUAUAGCUGAACCAGUUAUGGGGGCUGGAGGUGUUAUACUUCCUCCAAAGACAUACUUCGAAAAGGUUCAAGCUGUUCUGAAGAAGUAUGAUAUAUUAUUUAUUGCCGAUGAGGUCAUUACUGCUUUUGGAAGGCUAGGGACAAUGUUUGGAUGUGACAAAUACAAUAUCAAGCCUGAUCUUGUCUCCAUUGCUAAAGCUCUUUCAUCAGCAUACUUACCAAUAGGUGCAAUACUUGUUAGCCCAGAAAUUGUAGACGUUAUAUAUUCUCAAAGUAACAAACUCGGUUCAUUUUCUCAUGGAUUCACAUAUUCGGGCCAUCCGGUCUCCUGCGCUGUUGCUUUAGAAACUCUUAAGAUUUAUAAGGAAAGAAACAUUACUGAGAUAGUGCAAGCCAUUGCUCCAAAGUUUCAAGAGGGCAUCAAAGCUUUUUCAGAUAGUCCCAUCAUUGGGGAGAUACGCGGGACUGGUUUGAUUCAUGGAACUGAAUUCACUAACAACAAGUUACCUAAUGAACCAUUUCCUGCUGAGUGGGGUGUAGGUGCAAUCUUCGGAUCAGAAUGUGAAAAGCGUGGAAUGCUAAUUAGAGUUGCUGGGGACAGCAUAAUGAUGUGCCCUCCCUAUAUUAUUACUCCAGAUGAGAUAGAUAAAUUGAUCUACAUCUAUGGAGAAGCUCUGAAGAGCACAGAGGAGAAGGUAGCCAAAUUGAAAUCCAAGGUAACUUGUUAGGCAAUCAUCUCUAGUGUGUAGUGGGAUGGAGUAGCAUAGAUCUCUCCGUGAGUUGUUGAUUAUGAAAAUAUUCUACGUACAGAAGAUUACUAAAUAUUACUAUAUAUAUAUAUAUAGUAAUAUUGCAUAUGCAUCAAGCAUCUCUAGAUAAGAACAAAGAUUUAGUCUUCAUAACAGAUGGGAGGUUAAAUUUAUCUCCUUAAUUGAUUGACAUUUGAAGUUUAUAUAUGGAUAUUGCCAUAUAUACACAUUGGAUUUUGCAAACAACAAUGAUUUCAUGUAUCUUAAUUUUCACGAGAAGGUUAUCUACUUAUUAUCAAAAAAGAGAGAAAAGUAGACAAUGUAAUGGAAUCACAUAAAUUCACGAGACUAGUUAAGCC